AUGUCAGAUCGUCUCACACAAUUACAAGAUUUGGUAAAUGAUUUGGCUGCGUUUAUGACAAAUGCUGUUGGUGUUUUACAAGCAUCAGCUCCAGCUUGUGAUUUUAAUGAUAAUAGUCCUUUGGAAGAUGAGCCGAAUUGUGAUAUUUUUGCGGUGAAUAUUUCGAGAUGUGCAAAAGAUAUUGAGGUAAAUUUCAUUGAAAAUUCGAUAUUACUGGGGGAAUUAAUUCAAUUCACUGUUAUUAUUUUUUUUAGAUUCUCAUUGAUUCAUUUCCAAUGGAAAAUUUGGGCUGCGAUGAUAUUGAAGAAGCAAUGAAAAAAACAGCGGAUGAAAAACGAAAAGCUGUUGAAGAAUUGGAAAAAGAGAGUGCAGAAGCGGCAGAAAUCCUUCAAAAAGUUCAAGAAAAAUUGACAGAAAUCGCAACAACUCAAAUAAGUUCAAGGCCCACUGCUUAA